AUGGCGCUUCUUCGCUCCUUCCUCCUCUUCAUAGCACUUACAGUCAAUGGUAAGUGACCUCUUAAGAAAAACGAGAAAUCGAUGACGUCACUUCAGAAGUCAAGGCGGAGAUCAGCGCCUCAUCGGAGCUGAACUGCGACUUCGGAACGGCGUGUCGUUGGCGAAAUUCGACGGAAGACGGCGGCGAUUUCCUCACAACGAUGGUCUUGGACACGGACGCCGUCACGAAAAUUAGCCCUAUGAGGGAUGGCGACCGUUAGUGGCCCCUUGAGGGAUCAAUAAUUGAUUUAUUUUUGCAGAAACUCCAUUCGCUUACACAGCUGGUUUCAUGGGCAGGACGAUGGCAAUGCUUGUUUCUGAGGUAUGAAGGGGCCGCUUGAGGGUUUUUAGUGGAAGUUGAAGUGGCAAAUUGAGUGAUUUGAUAAAAAUUUUCCUUCUGAAUGAGGUAGUUUUGUUAAACAUACGUUUUCCUAAAAAAAAAACAGGACUUCAUGGGGGGACGAAUCUAUAUUCUAGAAUAGCCCCCCGCAUUACAAAAACGUGGGUCGAUUCUGAAACCCCUAGGCAAUCUUUCAUAUUCGCCCCCCCACACUGCUUUGAAAUAGUCCCCCCUCCCAGAGCUUAUUCGAACAAUACUCAAUACACCCUUUAUUUCAUCUUUUUCAUUAAUUUUAUUAUCAGGUGGUACUUUCUAGACGUUCUAGGGUUCCUGAGCUUUUCGAGUAUUUUUUCCUAAUUUUUUUUUCUCCAGGUAAUCAAUUGCCAAUUGGGAGGUGCCAGUUUGAAAUACUGGUACUACAAGACGGGCCACGAGUCUCAGCUUGAAGUCUGCAUCCGACAGCCGCCGGGCAGUCGCGAGCCGGCAUCUUUAAGGUUGACCAUGACGUCAUCCUUGUUUUUCAUGACGUCAUUUUCAGAUGCUAUGACGGCGUUUCAUCGACUUUCGCCAAGCAAUGGAUCUUCAGGGCGGUGGAGCUCCCGCCGAUCGCCCAGCCUUUUGAAAUCGUCUUUCGCGCCUUCUACUUCCCGCCAACUGACGUCAUCGCCAUCGAUGACGUCAUCUUCGAUGCGGCUCUUUGCGGUGAGAAAUGAUGAUUUUUAGAGACCUUUUUGGAUUUUUUCGAAUAACUGAAUAAUUUUUUUGACCAAUGACUUCAGUUUCAUAUAAAUAAAAGACCUUGCUUCCACCUUCCUGACCUCAUCUGAAUCGCAUGACGUCAUUCCAUCAGUAACUGAGAAACGAGGCGCGUUCAGGCGUGUCGAACCGUCGACGACGUUCUGAACUUCGACGAAUCGGCUACCGCGACUGGGAGACCUACCGUCGCUCGGGACAGUACACCGGCGAGCUGAUGCUCGUCGUCGCUCAGGAGGAGACUACGACGUCUUCUACUUCGACGACAACGUCUUCUUUUCCGACGACGACGUCUUCAACCACUUCCACCACGUCUUCUACCACUACCACUACUUCUACAACAUCUACUCCUCCAACAACGUCUCCUCCAGAAGAAUUAACCACUUCUGAAGCCAUACCGACCUCUUCUGACCUUCCUCCUUACCAGAAUCCAACCGUUGAAUUAUCUAACUUUGUCAAUUUCCUGAAACAAACCGCCCCUGUUCUUCCAUAUAUUCCGACUCUCGUUCGCUCCUUAUCCGCCCUGGAUCCCAGAAUUCCCAUGGAAGCUCCAACUCUCGACAGCUCUCUGCCUGACGUCAGAAGGGCUCCGCAGCCUGUCUAUUCCAGCCAUUUCUACAACACCAAAGAGCCGGCUCUUUUAGCCUCACCCCCUUCGGAUCCGAGUCUCGUGUCGCUGGCCAAAAAGUUCGGACUUCUGAACGCGGACGCCGACCUGACAACUGUCGCAGUUCCGAUGGAUUUGAGCUUGAGUCUGACCACAACUACGCCUGUGAACCGGUUUGGCCUGAAAAACGGGAAACUGAAGCUGCAGAAGAUCGAAGACGAGCUGUCGUCGGUCUACCCCCAGAAGUUGAUAAAACAGAAGAAGGCGGAUGUUGAAGAGAUCCACAAGAAAAUCUUCAGCAUGACCACCACCACGACUACAAUUCCGAUCCUGACCUCGACCUCCAAGGAGUUGAUCAUUUUCAAAGAGCCAAGCAAUGCCGAAACCGACGUGGCGAGUAAAUUGGCCGAGAUAACGAAGCUCCUGCCGACAGGAGCCAUGGAGGACCUCUCGGUUCUCAGAGACAUCCCCGACCUUGAAGGCCUCACCAAAGGCAUGGAUUUGACCGAAAUCAGAAAACCUGGGGGGUUCGCGAGGCUGAAGAAGGAGUUCAUGGAGCGGUUGAUGCGAAGGACGCUGGGCUUACCUGUGGAAACCACCGCAAGGGUUUUGCCGCCACCCAUCGUACCUGUGAAGGUUACGAGGAAAAUGAUGGCUGAAAUGGCGAGGCGACAGCGGGCGGCAAGAAGGAAGGCCUAGCUGGGUGGCGUUUAUAGUCUGUUCAGAUUUUUAAUGUCAAGGGCAAUGACGUCAUUCAAAAACACUCUGUGGAUGGCUCGCUCUCUGAUUUGUUUGUCACCAUUAGGGUGGAGCUUGAGCGACGACUUGACAUUCAAAAUCUGAACAGACUAUAUAAAUAGUUUACUCAAAUCUGGCUCUUUUCCAACUAUUAAAAAAAUUUUUCAAGGUUAAAACAUUGAUUUAAAUUCGUGAUAUUUGAGAGCAGCAUCAUGUAGAACUUUUCAUUCCGAAUAUAACGGUGAACUUAAAAAAAACCCAGAUAUGACAAAUUUGAGAAAAAAAAACACGAAUAACGCGACACACUGAUAAUAAAUGAAGCGCAAAAUAUCGAUAUCCCAACCGAAAGCUUUAUAAAAUCAUCAUUUUUCACCAGAGAAACAUUUUUCGAUAAAAAUUUGCAAUUUUUUUGUUAUAAAUAGAAAUUUUCAUGACGAAAAAUAACUUUGGUGACAACAGAAAAAAUUGAAAAUUAAAAAAACAACGAAAAAAAUGCGAAAACCCGAAAAAAAUGGCGAAGCGUGUUGUCCAUGGAGCAACUUUACUGCAAAACGCCUUUUUUGCGGGAAUUUUCUCUCUCCGACUUUGAGUUAUUUUUUUUCUCCAAAAAUUAGAAAGUUAUCUACUUUUUUUCAAGUUCACCGUUCGACUGGCAAGAAAAAAAGCUUUACAAAUUGCAUAUAACCCCAUUUUUUUCCUGUCCCUAUGCUUCUAAGUUUUGCAUUUUAAGUUUUUGACUUUUUUUCUUAUUUUUUUCAGUUUUCUAGCUCGAGAAGCCAAGAUGCAUAAUUUUUUGUUUUACCGACCUUUCCAUUCUAAAUACCUCUUUGUGUAUUUUUCCUAUUGUUUUUUUCCACUUUUUAUUUUCUCAGAAAUUGUAUUGCAGAGUUUUUUUAAUUCACCUUUUGACGGGUUUCAUCAAUGACAAUUUAAAAUAAAUUUAUUUAUUCCUUUUUUUUGAAUUAUUUUUCCAUUGAAGCGGUUUCAUAGCCAUUCAAUACUUUUGUAAAGAAACCUGAGUUCAGAAUCAUCAAACGGCGGGAAUUCCGAGGGUGCCGGAGGGACGUUCGGAGAAAAUCCGGUCGAAGUUGCUCAGUUGGCUGACUUUGAAGGGAAUGGUGUGUUUUAAAAAAAUGUGGAGAGUCAAUGUUCAAUUUUCGAAUAACGUACGAAUAUAGGUAUUAGUGGUUACUUUAGUGUUUUGACGCUUUAGUGGCCACUAUAGUAGUCGAAUUAAUGGUCACUUUAGGAGCCAAAGUGUUACCGACAACUAAAAACUACUGUAGUGGCUACUAAGGCGCUAUAUAGUGCUUCUAUAGAGGUGGCUUUAGUGGGCCCUUUAGUGUUUUUUGACGUUUUAGUGGCCAUUAUAGGAGUCGAAUUAGUGGCCUCUUAAGAAACCCAAGUGCCACUAAAAACUAAUGUAGUGGUCACUAAGAAAGAAAUAGUGGCUUCUAUAGGGAUGGUUUUAGUGACCACUUAAGGGUCCUUUCUAAGUAGUCCUCGAGGCACCUCUUUAGUGGCCACUAGAAUUUUCGCCUUUUUUGGAACCUUUUUUUAAAUUUUAAUGAGAACUUGGUGAAGCCAGAACCUCUAAAUUCACAAAUUUUUCAUGAUUUUAAUGGGUUGAACUAAAAAUACACUGAAAAAGACUACUUUUGUAAAAUUUUCAAAGUUUUUAAUUUAUUCAAGAGUUUUCCUAUUCGCUUCAUAUAAUUGGCUUCUGAAUAACUUUUGAAUAUUAAAAAUGUCUAAAGUAUCUGAAAAAGGACUUGCAGUCUCAUUCCUCUCAUAAUUUUUGGUCUUUCCAGACCUGACCCUCGACGCGGUGCGAUUCGAAACGGCCGCGUCGUCGCCGCAAACGUCGCGUCCGGUGAAUUUCGCCGCGCCGACCGACAGUCGAAAAGCGGCCAUCGGCACCAAGAGGCCCAAAGCUUCCGAGUUGUCUGCCCCUCGUUCCGGGGCCGUCUACACCCCCAAGUGUCCCGCCGUCGAUUGCGAUUUCAAUGAUGGGGUCCGCAAAGUUUUGGAAAAAAAAAAGAUAAUGAGUGUUCAUCAGUAUGAGCGCGCUUUUAUAUUGUUUCAAAUCAAAUUUAUAAAAAUCCAGAAAAAAAGACUAGAUACCUUUUUGAAAUUGAAAAUCAGAUCAACUUGGUAUAUUCGAAAGAAUGUUUAGGAACUCCAGAGUGACCCCUUUAGGGAACAGGGUAGACUAUUAUUGAUAUGAACAAUUUUAGAAGAAGCAUUUCCAUGCAGAAACUCCACAAAUUAGCGUUUUUCGAAUAAAAAUAUUAGCAGAGGAUUAAUUGUUAGAGUUUGCUUUAAUUUUAAAAUCUGAACAGAAAAGUUUCAAGACCCUAUAGGGACCACUUGAGCUUUAGGGGCCUCGGGGUCAAAUUCUAAACCCCUAUAGGGUGCACUUUUUUGUCCCUUUUAGGGAGUUUUUUCCUCUAACCCCUAUAGAGAUAUCUCUGGCGACUAAAAAAGCUUUUUCUUUCGAAUUUUUAAACCUGAACGAAAAUUUGAAAGGUCCUUUAGGGACCACUCGAGCUUAGUGUCUUCGGAGUCAGACCCUUAACCCCUAUAGGGAACACUUGAAUUUUUGCCUCUGAAGGGGCCACUUUUUCCUCUAUCUUUGAAGCAAAUAUGACUUCAAAGCGAAAAAUCAAUAAUUUUUGAAUAGAUUUUCUUUAAAUAUAUAGAAAUAGCUUUUCAAAAACUUUUAUACUCAGUUUGAAAUAUUAGAAAAAAAGAUUCUAGGACACUUUUUUCCGUUUUUUGUCCAUAAUCUGUUCAGAUUUUGAAUGUCAAGUCUUCGCUCAAGCUCCGCCCCUAAUGGUGUGAUGAACCAAUCAGAGAGCGAGCCAUCCACAGAGUGUUUUUGAAUGACGUCAUUGCACUUGACAUUAAAAAUCUGAACAGACUAUAAAUGAGCGUUUCAAUUUUGUCACAAAAUCCGAGCUUUGUAUUAUUUCGAAAUAUUCCAUUUUUAGACCCUUUGUAGCUAUGUGACGAGCAGCGGAAAUCUCUCCACUUCCACUUCCAUCGAUGGAAAUAACCUGCGUCCCUGGGCGGUCACUUCCCGAAGCGUCCUGAACUCCCUGACCGGAGUCCCUCAUGACCUUUCCAAAGGUUCUCCUCAACUAAUCGACCAUUUUUCGACCGAUUCCAGGCGGAUCUUUCGCCUUCGCCAAAGGAACUUCACCGUCGGAAGUGUUCAUUUUGUCGUCGGACAAAUUGAUCGAGAUUUCCGAGCCGGCGAGAUUGGACUUUUUCGUUUAUCAGGCUGGUUAGUGAUCCAAAACGGGGGCGGAGUUAAAAAGGAUGACGAUGCAAGGUUGCUACUGAAUGAGCUAGAUCUGUUUGUCUUGAGAGCUUCUCUAGGAACGCCAGAGUGGCCCCUAUAGGGGCAAACUUGAAGGCUCUUGGAGGGUCUUCUCUAGGGACCACUUUACCAGCCCUGCAGGGACCACUAAAGCUAGCAAAAGUGGCCCCUAUAGGGGACAUGCUAGUCGAUGAUUGUUAUGAACUCUGAGCGAAGAAGCAUUUCCAUGAGAAAAACUGAAUAAAUGAGUGUUUUUGAAUGGAGUUGAGAGACCCCUAUAGGGACCACUUUUAGUAGCUAGGGGGUCAGACUCUAAACCCCUAUAGGGAUCACUUUUACGGCCCCUAUAAGGGUUUUUUCCUCCUCACCCCUAUAGGGACCCCUUGAUCUUUAGAAGCUAAGGGGUUAGACUCUGAACUCUUUUAGGGAUCACUUAUAUUUUACCCCUUUAGAGACCACUUUAUCGUUUUUAUAGGGUUUUUUUCUUUCUGACCCCUAUAAGGACACCUUGAUCUUUAACGGCUAAGCAGUCAGACCCUAAACCCCUAUAGGGACCAGCUAAAUAUUACCCCUAUAAGGAUCAAUUUUACAACCCCUAACAGGUUUUUUUCCUCCUCACCCCUAUAGAGAUCACUUGAUUUUUAAGCCCUUUUAGUGAGCACCUAAAUUUUACCCCUUUAGGGACCACUUUUUUGCCCUCUAUAUAGGUUUUUUUCCCCGUAACCCCUCUAGGGACCACUCUGAAACUCCCAAGCUUCAUUUCGAUCCCUUUCCCCAUUUUUUUCCCCAGGAACCCGCGGUCAGCUCAAAGUCUGCAUUGACGACGACACGAACUGCCCUUUGCAGCUUUUUGGAGAGUCAGUGCGAAAUAAAUCAAUAAAAUUAUCUUUUUCUCCUGUUUUCAGAGACAUCGACGUGGAUUCUCAGAAAUGGAAGAAUUACUAUGUUGACGUGCCGACCGGGAAGCAUGUGGUGAGUUUCGAGUUCGGUUCCCAGCAAGGGCGGGAGAGUUUUUGCCAUUUUUUCGCGCUAUUCUUGUCGUCAUAGCUAUCUCAAGUUCGAUUCCUCCCGAGGGAGAAGUUAUUUUUGCCAUUUUUCGGACUCAUUUUGUCGUCAUAGCUAUCUCAAGUUCGACUCCUGAGAGACGGUGAGACUUCACAAGAAAGAAAAGAAAGAAAGGCUCCAGAAAGGCCGCAAAACGGGACCCUUUUAGCGGCCAUUUUGCAGCCGUUUUCCUCACUUCCGACUUUGGCAGUGGUAUUUGGUACACCGAGGAGUGUCCGGUCCGUAUAGACGUUGUUCUCAGCCUUAACCCCUAUAGGGACCACUCCGAAAUUCCCAACCUUUCAUUUCGGUCACUCUCCCUAUUUUUUCCUCAGGAAUUUUAUCCCCUGGCCAAUUUUCAAGGAAAUAUUUUUUCUAGUCGUUAUUUAAAUUUCAAUACGUAAAAUGGCCAAUUUGACAGUUCCAUUUCAUCGUCGACGGCCUCUUCGAAAACUACGUCAUUGGAAUCGACAAUAUCCAACUUUUGAAUCGAUUUGGCGCCGCUUCUUUCCCGUGUCCGUGA